AUGUUAUUCCAGGGCAUUGUUGACAGUGAUUUAAAAUUAAUUGAUUGUUUUGCUGGUUGGCCAGGUUCAUCACACGAUGCAAGAGUAUUUAGACGUAGUAUAAUUGGUGAAAAACUAUUAAGCCAACCUUGUGUAAUAUUACCACCAGGGUGUCAUAUUUUGGGUGAUGGCGCAUAUCCACUAACCAGUACUUUGAUGGUUCCAUUUAAGGAUAAUGGACAUCUAAGUGAUAAUCAAUUAAAAUUUAACAAGUGUCUCAGUAGUUCCAGAGUAGUGAUUGAACAAGCAUUUGGAAAAUUAAUCGGAGAUUUCGAAACUGAAGUAUUUUAUUAUAAUAACAUGAAUAGCAUAAAUUAA